AUGACUUUCCUCUCUGCAGACCUACGACCUCAAAUUCCCCAAACAAGUCCUCCUUUGAACUCCGGGAAUCCACUUUAUUCUGAUGUCAAACUCUACUCUACCGUCGAUCGCUUCACUCUAGACCCCAAACUCACCUCGAACUCCACCAAAAAAUCCACUUCUCAGACCCCAAACUCACCUCGAACUCCACCAGAAACUCCACUUCUCAGACCCCAAACUCACCUCGAACUCCACCAAAAACUCCACUUCUCAGACCCCAAACUCACCUCGAACUCCACCAAAAACUCCACUUCUCAGACCCCAAACUCACCUCGAACUCCACCAAAAAAACUCCACUUCUCAGACCCCAAACUCACCUCGAACUCCACCAAAAACUCCACUUCUCAGACCCCAAACUCACCUCGAACUCCACCAAAAACUCCACUUCUCAGACCCCAAACUCACCUCGAACUCUACCAAAAAAAAUCCACUUCUCAGACCCCAAACUCACCUCGAACUCCACCAAAAAAACUCCACUUCUCAGACCCCAAACUCACCUCGAACUCCACCAAAAACUCCACUUCUCUGACCCCAAACUCACCUCGAACUCCACCAAAAACUCCACUUCUCAGACCCCAAACUCACCUCGAACUCCACCAAAAAAACUCCACUUCUCAGACCCCAAACUCAACUCUCCCUCUCCGCUCUCUUUCCACCCCCAAAUUCCACUCUUUCCAGGCCCUAAACUCCACUCCUCUCCGCCCUCCACCUAGUCCCGGUCUCUUCGCCCUGACGUCAUCCACCUGCCGGAAAGUCAAGACUCCACCGACAGCAAACUUGAAAGAAUAA